AUUUCUGACGUAAAAAGAUCGAUAUUAGACGCUUAUGGCGUCACAUAUACAGUAGUUGAGCGAAUAUUCCACAGCAUUCACGAUGAUGUGGAAAUUCGUUCUGAUUUCGCUGGCGUUGGUUGAACUCUCCUCCAGUUGGCCGCAAUAUCAUGGAAAAGAGAAUCUAGACGAGCUGAUGAAAGAAUUUUUUGGUGACAAUUUGGAGGGAAAGCCAUCAUAUGUAUCAGAAGUUGAAGAAACUGUAGAAGGGGAAGAAAAUGACCUUGAUCUGCAUGAGGACACUAAGUGGAACGUUCCUUCAGGAGAGGUUGGCGGACUCGCUGUAGAUAGAAAUGGUCUAUUGGGUGUUUUUCAUCGGGCCGAGAGAAUCUGGAAAUUAGAUGAUUUUUCAAAGAACGGAACCUAUUUGAAAAAGAACGAAGGACCAAUAUCUAGCCCCACUUUAAUGGUGGUUGAUCCAAGUGGAAAAAUCCUCAAAUCCUUUGGUGAAAAUGAAUACUAUAUGCCGCAUGGAUUAACAAUUGAUAAAGAUGGCAAUUACUGGCUGACUGACGUAGCCAGGCAUCAAGUAUUUAAAAUAAACAAGGGAGAGGAGAAACCUACGCUCACGCUUGGAACAGCUUUUGUACCAGCAAAAGAUAAUCAAGAUUUAAAAAAUUUCUGCAAACCAACUGACGUUGCUGUUGCUUCAAAUGGAGAAUUCUUCGUAAGCGAUGGAUACUGCAAUAGUCGUGUACUGAAAUAUAGUCCGGAUGGAAAUUUAAUUGGAAUUAUAGGAGAGGGUGAUUUUGCCAUCCCACACAGUCUAGCAAUUAACGAAGAUCUUGACAUUAUCUGCGUUGCUGAUAGAGAACAUGAAAGGAUAACCUGUUAUAAAGCCGGAAUAAGGGAUAAAGCCUACACAGGUCUAAAGAUUGGACAAAUCAAUGAGAAUGUUGGCAGGGUCUUUGCAAUUGAAUUUGGGUCCAACGGAAGACUGUACGCUGUUAGUGGAAACUCUGAACGCCUAGCUCCAAUCGGUAUGACUAUUGAAUUGGGUGAGGAUGAAAGGGGAGUGUGGUCUUACGGUAUUGUUUCUCUAUGGUCUCCAGAAAAGAAAUUCCAAAGUCCUCACGACUUAGCAGUGUCACUUGACGAAAGCAGCGUUUAUGUCGGAGAGCUAAAAACCGAAGCUGGUUCAAAGAAUCUGCAUAAAUUAACACAUAAGGCCGUUGUCUUUAAAGAUGUUUUACUAAAUGAUAAUGGCAAAAUUAAAGAAGAACAAGAUAUGGAAAUUGUAAAGAAAAGUUAUAUGUAAGAAGAUAAAUCAUAAAGAUACAUUUCUUCUUAUGUACUAUAUAAUUACAUAGUAUAUGCACUUGUCUAUAUUUAUAGACUAUAGACAUUGUUUAUAUGCUAUAUUACAUGAUUAUAUACAAUAAUAAUGAAGCGUGGUGAAUUUUAAGAGAAGUGACAAAGAUUCACUUCGCAUAAGACUUUUUUCUUUAAAAAAAAAAUGUCUUGUCCACUGACAAAUCUCCUUUUUCUCCUCUUUGCAUAAUUUAAAAAAAAGGAAUACAAUGCCAAAUGUAUCCAAAAAUCUGUUAACAACAAAAAGAGAAAUUUCUUUAUUUAUCUAUCUAUCUAUCUUUUUGUCUCUGUAAAAAGAAAUAAGAUGAAUAAAAAUUAAUAAUCCUAAGUACUCGUAUACCCAAUUAGAAUAAUCCCCCCUUUAAUAAUCAGUCUAAAUGAUGCUUCAUUUUGUGAAGAAAAUGUAUAAAUACUU